CAUUUCAAUCCUAGUACGGCUUUCGCCAUCCAAAAGAACCUUUUAUGACUGAAACCUGUCAACCCAAAAGAAACCUGUCAUAGAUUUUCUUCGGCCAAUUCCAGACGAACCUUUUUUGCUUUACCCAUCCGAAACUUCACUAACUGUGAGUGAAGAUCUGAAUAAGUUAACCUUAGAAUUCCUUUCGUAAGCGUUUUCUGAAUUAAAUCAGGAGAUGUUGUCUGGAGAUCCACUUGUGGAACAAUCAUGUCAGGCAGUAGUGAACGAAAACGAGCUUUCCCCAUCUAAGACUUCACUAAUUACGAGUGAAGAUUGGGAAGAGAUUCUACGUCAUUGUGAAGAGAUGCUACCUUCUGAAAAGACUGGAGAACCGCUGACACUUGAGGAAGAGGCUAGUUUGAGUCUAGGUUGGGAGAGGAUGCUACGUCUUGAAAAAACUGAAGAAUCUUGGGGGGGCAUCCCGUUCUCUGUUCCUUAUCAACCAUGGAAGAAUCGGACAAACCGCUGGUAUGAGAAUGAGCAUCAGCGAGUGAUGGAAAAAAUGUUGUUCAACUUGAAACAUCUUAUUUGUUCAUCAUCUGAAGAUCCACUUGUGGAACAAUCAUUUCAGGCAGUAGUGAACGAAAACGGGCACAAGUUUAAUAUGACUGAAGGUGAAUAUAAUUUAUGGAAAGAUAUGCCCGAAAAACUUAAAGCUGUGCUCAUCCAAAUUAUUCCCGACAAGGCUGAGGUUGUUCGAAGGCUGAGAUCUGAAGCUCGUGAGGGAAAGGCUAAGGCUGCUUCACCUGCAUCUCAAGAGCUUCAGAUUGGAGGGGGCCCCUCGACUGUUAAUUAUGCACCAGAAUCCUCUGAUAUGGAAGCUGGAACGUCCUCCACUCAAGCAGAUGAUGAGCAUGCUGAGCAUACAAAUCCUGAGACCGGAGGGAGCUCCUCGACUCCACAAAAUGAACCACCGCCUAAUCAUCGGAGUCUCCCUGUUGGUGGUGAUCACCGGGUCCGUAACGUGCAAGUUAACGGUGCUAUGAACCAAACUGUUAAUUAUGCAUCAGAAUCAUCUGAUAUCGAGGCUGGACCGUCCUCCACUCAGGAUGUUGGUGGUGAGCCUGCGCCGCAUAGACGUCAAUUUGAGACUAUUUUCACGUUCAUAUGUGAAUGCGUUUCAUUUGUUUUAGCAGUAAAAUGGGACAAGAGGAGUGCAGAUGGAAUGACAACCAUAGAAAAAUUCUUUUGGGAUUCUCUCGUAGUUUGCAUUAUUGUCGGCAUUAUUUCUUUGUGCUAUGGUUUAUGUCUAUCUGACGGUGACGGUAGAGGACGACGCAGGAUGGUUGCAAGGGUUGUAAAUGCAGUUAGCUAUGUUGCGACAGGGCUUGCUGUUGUGACGGCGGGUGGGCUCCAGUUCCACAACCCGAAGAUGGUGGUUUGGCUCAUUCCACUGUUCUGGGUUAUAAUUGUGCCAGCCAUUGUUGGCUACACAUGGAAACAGCGAUAAGCGAGAGGAUCCUUUGAGGAUAAGGGCAAUGAUGGUAUGUAUGAUUGAGAGCUAUAGGCAUGGUCUUAGAGGAAAAGACGAAAGUGAAUAGUAUUAAGUUAUUAACGGUUUACGGGGUUUUGUGGAAAACAUGGUGUGAUAAUUUUGGAUAU